AUGGCUCGCCUAAGGCACACGACGCUGCUUGUCGCGGUGUUCACCGCUGCGACGCGCGUAGCAGCAAUUGGCCAGAGCCGUUGUGUCUCCUUCUCAUCUUCGAACGAGUCAGACUUCACCAUUGCCUCCGGUGGCUCUGCAGCAACUAUCUUGCUGUCUGCCGACGAAUGGCCUGGCGUACAACGAGCGGCGUCGGAUUUUGCGGCGGAUAUCUUCGCUGUAACGGGCGCGCAACCAACUCUCGCCAACGCGACGGCAUCCGCGAAGAACGUUUCUGCGGAUUCUGUCAUCAUCGUUGGCACGCUUGGAAAGAGCAGUCUCAUCGACGCCGUCGUCAACAACACAGGUCUCGACGUUUCUGGCGUUGACGGUCAAUGGGAAGCCUUCAUGAGCGCAGUUGUCCAAGACCCGCUUCCCGGUGUCAGCAAAGCGUAUGUUUUGGUCGGUGCCGACAAGCGCGGCACGAUCUUUGCGUUGUAUGACCAUAGCGAGCAGUUUGGUGUAUCGCCAUGGUAUUGGUGGGCGGAUGUACCAACAACUGAGCACGACGCACUCCAUGUCACGGCGAGCGGCUGCUCGCACGGAAGUCCGACUGUCAAGUACCGCGGCAUCUUCCUCAACGACGAGCAACCCGCUUUGCAAAACUGGGCGCAAGAGAAGUUCACGAAUGGCACGGGGGCGGCGCUCACCGGAAGCCCGUUCAAUCACCUGUUCUACACGAAGUUGUACGAGUUACUCCUUCGUAUGAAGGGGAACUUCCUCUGGCCGGCACAGUGGAGCAGCGCGUUCGGCAUAGACGACGAGCUGAACCAGUUCUAUGCGGAUGAGUACGGCAUUGUAAUGGGCACAAGUCAUGAGGAACCAAUGAUGCGUAGUAUCCCUGUUGAGUGGAAUCUGUUCGGCAACGGCACCGCGUGGGAUUACAGUACGAAUAAGGAAGCCAUCUAUCCUUUCUGGGUAGAGGGUGCUGAGCGCUCGCGGCUCUAUGAAAGCUUGUAUACUGUGGGCAUGCGUGGGAACGGUGACCUGCCUGGCGCGAACACGAACAUCCAGCUGCUUGAGGAGAUUGUUUCGGACCAGCGAACCAUCAUCUCGAACGUCUACAACAUCAGCGACGUAACAACAAUCCCACAAGCAUGGUGCCUCUACAAGGAAGUACAAGGCUACUAUGAAGAGGGACUCCAGGUUCCAGACGACGUGACUCUGCUCUGGACCGACGACAACUGGGGCAACAUUCGCCGCUAUCCUAUUCAGUCUGAACGUAACCGGACUGGUGGGGCCGGCGUCUACUACCAUUUCGACUAUGUUGGAGAUCCUAGGAACUACAAGUGGAUUCAGAGCACGCAGCUCUCCAAGGUCUUCGAGCAAAUGUCUCUCGCCGUGGAUCGGGAGGCUACCCAGAUCUGGAUUGUAAACGUUGGUGAUAUGAAACCACUCGAGAUGGACAUUGAAUUCUUCCUCACUUAUGGCUGGAACUCUUCCCUAUGGACGCCGACUAACAUCGACGACUUCGUUCACGAAUGGGCCGCACGCGAGUUUGACUUAUCUAACGACCAAGCGACAGAAGUCGUGGGCAUCGUGGGCAACAUGACGCGCUAUCUGGCGCGCGUAAAGCCCGAGCUCUUGAGUGCGACCACAUUCAGUACCUACAACUAUCGCGAGGCAGAGACUGUCCUUGCUCAGUGGCAGGCCCUCAACGCUUCGUCCACGAAGAUCUACAACACUCUCUCCGACUCUAUGAAACCCGCGUUCUUCCAGCUCGUACAUCACCCUGUACAAGCGGGUGCGACGUUGACGGCCAUGUGGGUCAGCGCAGGUAUCAAUAACCUUCGGACCCUGCAAGGACGUCUCAGCGCGAACGACUACGCGGAGAAGACGCUUGACUUUUUUGAGCGUGACUAUGACCUCGAGCUGGAGUACCACACUAUGCUCGACGGCAAGUGGGACCAGAUGAUGUCCCAAACGCACACAUACUACUACUACUGGCAAGAGCCUUCCCAAAACACAAUGCCUUUCGUCUCGCGGGUGUCUUCUCGCAAGGAGAACAUUGUCGGCCCCAUGCGCGUUCUCCUGGAGAACACCAAUGGCUCCUGGCCCGGAGAUGAACAAUACAACUGCGCUCAAGGCUACUCGUGCCCAACACCAACGCUUACCCUCGAUCGCUUCUCGCCCUUUGACAGCCGCUACAUCGACAUCGGCCUCGGUGGCCCAACGCCAUUCAAGUUCUCGGCCUCUUCGAACGUAUCUUGGCUUAACUUCUCUUCAACGGGUGGCUCGCUUGACCCUUCGAACCCUGAGAAGCGGAUCUUCCUAACCGUCGACUGGGAUGCUGUCGAAGGUGCGCAGACGGCAGAGAUCCUGUUCAACGCUACUGCAAAUGGAUUCGUCAAGAAGAGCAGCGUGCCCGUUCUCUUCGUCGCAAACCACACUACCGCCCCAGACAAUUUCACUGGUUUCGUCGAGGGAGACGGUGCAAUUGCAUUCGAAGCUGCGCACGCAACUCGUAACACGUCGGUCGGGGAAGUCUCUUGGAUUGAGAUCCCCAACUAUGGCCGUACCCUUUCGGGAGUGACCCCAUGGCCUCGUCUCGGAAACAACGAACAGAACUACACUGCUGGCUCCGGCCCUAGUCUGGAGUAUGACUUCGUAAACUUCAACACCGUUGACGGCAACGGUACCGUCGGAGUGACCGUAUUCGUUUCACCUUCCUUGAACGCGAACGGCGACGAUCGCCCGCUCGGCAUCGGCGUACAGGUCGACGACGACGAGCCACAGACGACAUACUUCAUCCCUUCUGCUGCUCCCGGUCAGGAACCUGACGCAUGGAACGACUUCGUCGCGAACAGCAUCGUGCCUGUUGUCGGGAACUUCACGGCGUGGCCUGGAGCUCAUACGCUUAAAGUAUGGAUGAUUGAGCCAGCAGUUGUCGUUCAGAGAGUAGUGAUUGACUGCGGAGGGCUGCUCGAUAGCUUCUUGGGGCCACCGGAGAGCGUAUUGUUCUUUAUCUUCUAUAUACUUUAUCUGGUUAUGAGCCGUCUUAAUCGGCGCCGUUACAACCCCACGGUCUGGCCACAGCCUGCCAUACACAAUCGGGACCUACAAGGACCCACUUCGCGGUCACGUUACAAUGUAGCGUCGGUUCAGAUCGGUUCUCGCGGCAAACUCGUCGCGUUCAUCCCGACCUCCACACCGCCUUGUCUCCGGCCCCCUAGUCUCAGCUCUCCAUCGCACACUGCCUCUAUCUCCCCAACAUCUCUGGAUAGCUGCACUUUGGAUACGAUGGCUACGUCGGGCGGUGUACUGCUCUUGAGCGCCGACGAACAACGCAAGCUUCAACGCGAUAAGGCUGAACUCACACGCCGGAACCGCAUCCUCCAGGAGCGCUUGAAGUCAGAGAAAGCGAAGCUGGAGGCUGAUCGCGAUACGGAACUGAGGAGGGUGGUGCGCAUUGAACGUGAGGUCUCUCAGGCGCAGCUAGAGGAAGCCCGGAGUGAUGCUGCGCGGAGAGCGGACGAGGAUAGACGGACAAUAGAGGAGCUCAAGACCAACCUUGACCAAGAGAAACUGGCGCGUCAGCAAGUGGAUAGUGACAAAGAUCAAUUACGAGAGGAAUUGGAGCGGCUCCAGGGUGGAGAUACAAGCGAGGAUGUUCGGGUACGGACGCUGCAAGAGAAGUUGAAAACCCUGCGCAAAGAUAUGGAUGGUGUAAAGGCUGCUCUGCACAUGUACACUACUUGGGCAAAUGAGUUCAUUCAUGAUCAUGUUCGCAAUAUACCAGCCCUGAAAUUGCCAGCAUCCGUGACACGUCCGUUUGCGGACUAUCUCAACUAUGAUAAACUUGACUGCGGCUCGGACUUCGCGUACGAAACGUGUUGGAGAGGGGGAUCGAUCGGCAUUGAUACUAUCAACGGAAAUCGAGCGACUAAGCACUGUCCGCAAGGUCUUGUGUUGGGGCGUUUGGAACAUAGCCCGGGAUUUCCCCUCUUACCUGGGCAGCCCGGUACUAUCAUUGUUCACGACACGCAAGUCGAUACGUUGUACGACGAAAUCCUGGACCUUGGUGUACUGUGGCCCACAACUAAACGCCCUCAAUGUCGGGGCGAGUUGCGUUGGCGGUAUCUUGGGCGAUAUACUGCGGAGUCCGAGUGGAAAGCGCUCCCCAAGGAGGACUGGGCAAACUUGCCUCGUGCAGUUCGCCAAACCUGGUGCCGAUUCCUAAAAAAUCCGGCAGAAGAGCGUCGCAGGCUGGGAAGUAACUGGUACGACUGGUCGAUUGCAGCUCGUAUCAGUCUACGCAAAGCGGCCCUCCCUCACUCUGAUCCCGCAUAUGUCAAACAGAUCGCCCGUGAGAUCUGUGACUACACCUGGGCGAAAGCGCGCGGGUGCCAUGGCAGUGAGCUCCCGUCGUUGAGCUUCCCGUACCAGCUUACACACCAAGACAUUGAUGAUGCUUUGUGUAAGGGUGAAGAGGUCCUGUAUAUUCGUACCCUGCGGCCGAUAGGGUUCGACUCGAGAUUAUUUCAAGAGCUUCGGGAAUUAGAGAGGCGCCCCGAUUUGGAUUUGGAUUGGGAGUAA